AUGAACGAAGCUGAAAUAAUGGAGAUCAACUGCGAAAUUUACGCAGAGAAGCCACAGAAGGAUAUCCACGCGUUUGUUGGAACAAUCAAAGUCACCACUGAGGAUCACGUACAAGACGGAUCUUUGAAUGUGGAAAACGUCUUAUGGGCGAACACAGUUCUUGCAAGUGGCACUGCUGUGGGUAUUGUGGUGUACACUGGAAGAGAAACCCGAUCUGUGAUGAAUACCACGUUGCCAGAGAGUAAAGUCGGAUUACUCGAUUUGGAGGUCAACAAUUUGACAAAAUUGUUGUUUGUCUUUGUGAUGGUGUUAGCAUCGGUAAUGGUUGUCAUGAAAGGAGUGGAUACUAAUUGGUACCGUUACCUCAUGCGUUUUGUAUUGCUGUUUUCAUAUAUAAUUCCAAUAUCACUGCGCGUAAAUCUCGACAUGGCCAAGCUGUUCUUUGCUUGGCAAAUAGGACGUGAUAAGCAGAUUCCUGAUACGGUCGUGCGAUCUUCGACAAUUCCUGAAGAACUCGGUAGAAUUUCGUUUCUGCUUUCUGACAAGACUGGCACACUCACUAAGAACGAAAUGCAUUUCAAGAAGAUUCACCUUGGUACGGUAGCAUUCACUUCCGAUGCAUUUGAAGAAGUGGCGCAGCACGUAGCUAGUGCUUAUUCUGGACGAUUAGCCAGGCAUUCGUUUUCUGCCAAGUUGCAGACGGCUGUGGAGGCUAUCGCACUCUGUCAUAACGUGACACCAAUCGUAGAGGGUGGCAGUGUAUCCUACCAAGCGGCUAGCCCAGAUGAGGUUGCUCUUGUGAAAUGGACGGAAACGGUUGGAGUACGACUAGCUCAGCGCGAUUUGCACUCCAUACAGCUCCAGCUUGGUAUCGGACAAACGAGGCAAUUUCAAGUUGGUUCGAUCAUAAUCAAGAAGAUUAUUCUUCACAUUUUUCCUUUCACCAGUGAGACAAAACGUAUGGGAAUAAUUGUGAAGGACGAAACCACAGACGAGAUUUCACUUUUGAUGAAAGGUGCUGACACAGUGAUGUCGGGAAUGGUUCAGUAUAACGAUUGGCUAGAAGAGGAAUGUAGCAAUAUGGCUCGCGAAGGUCUUCGUACCCUAGUUGUAGCCAAACGUGUCCUUUCUCCAGCAGAAUUAGAGGCGUUUGAUCGUGCAUACCACGCUGCCAAAAUGUCCAUAACGGAUAGAUCUCAAACGAUGCAAAACUGUGUAAAUCGAAUGCUUGAGAAGGACCUUCAACUACUCUGCCUUACUGGAGUUGAAGAUCGACUACAGGACCAAGUGACAACAUCGCUGGAACUUCUUCGAAAUGCUGGUAUAAAGAUCUGGAUGUUGACAGGUGAUAAGCUCGAGACCGCCAUCUGUAUAGCGAAGUCUAGCGGGUUGUUCUCAAGAACAGAUAAUGUGCACGUUUUUGGAUCAGUACAAAAUAGGACAGAAGCUCACAACGAACUCAAUGCCCUAAGGAGAAAGAGUGAUGUUGCUCUAGUAAUGCAAGGGUCCGCUCUCAACGUCUGUUUGCAAUACUAUGAAGCCGAGGUUGCCGAGCUGGUGUGCGCGUGUACAGCUGUUGUGUGUUGUCGAUGUUCUCCUGAGCAGAAGGCGCAGAUUGUUCAACUUUUACGAAAGUAUCGCUCUCCUCUUCGAGUAGCUGCUAUUGGCGACGGAGGAAAUGACGUGAGUAUGAUACAGGCUGCUCACGCUGGAAUAGGAAUAGAUGCUAAUGAAGGGAAACAAGCCUCGUUGGCUGCUGAUUUCUCCAUAACUCAGUUUUCCCAUGUGUGUCGGCUUCUUCUUGUACAUGGUCGAUUCUGCUACAAGAGAUCCUGUGCACUCUCUCAAUUCGUCAUGCACAGGGGUCUCAUUAUUUCUACAAUGCAGGCUAUAUUUUCAUGCGUUUUCUACUUUGCCUCGGUUUCCCUCUAUCAAGGAGUGCUAAUGGUCGCAUACUCUACAGCGUACACAAUGCUUCCGGUUUUCUCCUUGGUUGUUGACCGUGAUGUGACCGCCACGAAUGCUCUCACAUAUCCCGAACUGUACAAAGAACUAGGAAAAGGGAGGUCGCUGUCGUAUAAAACGUUUUGUAUAUGGGUAAUGAUCAGUCUAUACCAAGGAGCCGUAAUAAUGUACGGAGCACUGUUAGUGUUCGAUGCAGAUUUCAUACAUGUUGUUUCGAUUUCCUUCUCUGCGCUUAUCGUUACGGAACUCAUCAUGGUUGCUAUGACUGUCCAUACUUGGCACUGGGCUAUGCUACUCGCGCAGGCUUUGUCCCUGGGACUUUAUGCAAUUUCGCUCAUCGUACUUGAUCAAUAUUUCGACAGGCAAUUCGUCCUUUCAUGGAUAUUUAUUUCAAAGACGACAGCCAUAACAGCGGUGUCUUGUUUGCCAUUAUAUGUUGUUAAAGCACUCCGAAGAAAGUUCUCUCCCCCGUCCUACGCCAAAGUAAACUAG